AUGCAGAUACUUUCUAUGAAUUUUGUAAUAUGUAGCCUUUGUGGCAUGUGGCGACCUAAUGAAUGGUCAUCAAAUGGUGCAAAACUGCUGUACUAUGCAUUUUCCUUUAUUGUAAUAUUCUCGGAAUAUUUUAUGAUGUUAACCCAAUUUAUGGAUAUAGUUCUUGUUGUUGAUAACAUCGAGGAUUUUGCUACUAAUACUCUAAUGUUUUUGACUGUUGUUGCCGUAUGUUGUAAAGUGACUGUCAUUGUGGUACGUCGAAAUGCCGUCAACAACUUAAUGCAAGUAUUGACGGAGACACUGCGUAAACCUCAUGACGAGGACGAAGUGGCAAUACAAACAAAAUUUGAUCUGUUCAUCAGAUCGUGUUUGAUUAAGUACUCACUUUUAGUAACAUGCUCCGUCACAGGCACUACAAUAAGAUCAAUAUUAAAUAUUACGCAAGGUCACCUACCUUAUCGAAUAUGGCUACCAUUUAAUUACAAUGUACCUUUGAUGUUUUGGAUUAUAUCCAUUCACCAAAUCGUAACUGUAAUUUUUGCCGCUAUAAUAAGUGCCGGCAUGGAAACUUUAAUCCUUGGAUUAUUUUUAUAUACGUGUGCUCAGCUUGAAAUUUUCGAAAGUCGUCUUCACAAAUUAAUAAUUAAUAAAACAAUUAGCUAUCUGGGACAUGCUCUAUCUUCGAAUAAAAACAAAACAGAAAUAUCGGAGUGCAUACGUUAUCAUCUCAGCAUUUACAAAUACGCCAAAACGGUAAACGUUAUAUUUAACCAAGUGUUUUUCGUUCAAUUCUUUGCAAGCAUACUAUUAUUAUGUACAAGUGUGUAUUAUCUGUCAAUACAUAUUACAGAAUUGUCUGGUACUAUGACUCUCUUAGUGUACACCAUUGGCAUGUUUGUACAAAUCUACAUUUAUUGCUGGUCCGGAAACGAAGUUAUUCUUAAGAGUAUGAGCGUAGGAGAUGCUAUAUAUUGUAUGGACUGGACACUAUUAUCAGUUAAUGAAAAAAAGGAAUUGCUCAUGAUCAUAAUACGAAGCACAAUUCCUAUAAAAUUUACCAGCAGUUUCUUGAUAACUAUGUCCCUUCAGUCUUACAGCAAUAUCUUAAAAACGUCGUACUCGGCAUUUAACAUACUUCAAAAAUAAAACGUAAAUAAU